GAUGGGUGCAGGAGACAGGGUCAAUGUCUUCCCCUCCAGAAUGAUCCUAACGGUGAUGAAAGUCAGACUUAAGGGAGCGCAAAAAGGGCACAGUCUGCUGAAGAAGAAAAGUGACGCCCUGACCAUGAAAUUCCGUACCACUCUGAAGAAGAUAAUAGAGAAUAAGACUGUGAUGGGCGAUGUGAUGAAAGCGGUUUACUUUUCUCUGGCUGAGGCUGCUUAUGCUGCCGGAGAUAUCUCGCAGACAGUUAUCCAGAACGCAGACAAGGCGCAGAACAAGAUAAAGUUCACAAAGGACAAUGUGGCGGGGGUUCAGCUCACUAACUUUACCAUGCACACAGAGGGUAGUGAUGUGUAUCAGCUCACAGGACUGGGAAAGGGAGGACAGACCGUCUCCAGGUGUAAAGACACCGCUCAGAAAGCUAUAAAACUCCUGGUAGAGUUGGCAUCUCUGCAGACUACCUUUAUCACAUUGGACGAAGCUAUUAAGAUUACUAAUAGGAGAGUUAACGGUAUCGAAUAUGUAAUCAUCCCUAGGUAUGAAAAUACGAUAGCAUACAUUGUUGAAGAGCUCGAUGAAAGGGAGAGGGAAGAAUUCUACAGACUGAAGAAAGUUCAAGACAAAAAGAAGGUUAUCCGAGCUAAACAGAAGGCGUUCCUAUGA